AGGUUGGAUUUAUCGGUCUGUGGUUUGGGCUCGCAGCAGCUCAACCAGCUGGUGUACCUGAUGCAACCAGCUGGUGUACCUGAUAUAGCCUGCUACAGUAUCUGAUAAUAACGCAGAUUGUAAACACUUCUUUAUUGCAAGUAUUAUGUUAACGGUGUGAAAAAAACUAGUCUGCCCCCCUAGAGAUUUUUUUAGUCUUUUUUUGUUUCUUGGUUAAAAAUUUAAUCAAGCCAGGUCGUCGAGCACCUGUCAAAAUUUGAAAAUGUAUGCACAGUCCGCAGCAAACCUCCGUGCCUCUUCCUUUGCCGAGGACCAGUCUCAUAUUAACUAGUUCUACUUACAAGGCUUUUGACUAUGGCUGAGUAUGAGUAGUGCCAGGUGCUUGUAGCUUAACUCUUGCAUAGUUGCAUGCAUAGGGGCUCAUUCAGUUAUCCAUCCUGUUGCAUGGAAACAAACUGUGGUUUGAUAUUUAACUUAAGAAAGGACUUUAAUAACCAAAUUAGGAGAUUCUAUAGCUAUGUUAUUUUAUGUGGAGCUUUUUCCUUUCUGUUACUUUUCAACUAAAUCUAAUAGCAUUUGCUUACUUCUAAUUUUCAAGGGAGAUGAAGCAUCAUUGCAAAAAGCGCUGCAUUUGGUGUACAACCUCAAUCAGGACUGUGUAGAUGUUCUGUUUUAUGCUUCUUGGUGCCAGUUCUCGAGGAACUUCAGACCAAGCUAUUCAACCCUGUCUUCCUUAUAUCCAUCUAUUCCUCAUUUUGCAAUAGAAGAAUCAGCCAUCAGACCAAGGACCGUAGCUACCAUGGAUGAUCAUCGUGAUAAUGAAAUACAGGGAAUUGAUGGAGCUAGUCAUCCUACGGGGGAAUCACAAGGUACCAACACUAGUAAAAAGACCAAAUUCCGUGGUCCGUCAAAAGGAGUUCAAGCCAAAAAGCCUAUGCAUCUUCAGUAUAAUCAAUAUGGAAUCCCCGAUGGAGAAUGGUCAGGAGAAUACGGGAAGCAAGUUGGGUCUUGUGCUGCUAGAAUUAACAUUAAUGUGAAAGAAUAUUCAACGUUAGAUGAACACACAAAGAAGGGGUUUUGGGAGGAGACCAAGCUUCUGUUCCACAUUAUUGAUGAUCCGGCUAAAAGGAGAGAAAAAUAUUUUCAUAUGUGUGUGGCGAAACGCUUUGGAGCUUUCAAGUCCAGGUUAACGCGGCGUUGGAUAACUAAGAAAGAAAAAAUGCCGAAACAUCAGACAAAUGACAUGCCUUGGGACAUCUACCAUCAAAUCACAGAGGAUGAUUGGAAAACAUUUGUGAUAGAACGAAACAAGCCGGAGAUGUUGGUUCGUAGAGAAAAAGCAAGUAAAAGUGCAUUACAAAACAAGCACCCACAUCGCACAGGCCAAAAGGGUUAUGUUAGAAAGAGACCAGAGUGGAUAAAUGAUGGGCGACUACCGCCAGAGGCAGCUUUAACCCUCUCAAGUGGCUCCUCCUCAGUGACCUCAUCACUCACCACAGCGCCAGAUAGAUUUAAGAAGUUUAGAUCAGUAGAGUGGAUCUUGGCUCAUCAAGUUAAAAACAAAGAGGGAAAGUGGGAAGUUGACCCGAAUGAUAAAGAAGCCGUAAAUAUUGCUAAGAUGGCUUUGGAGUACAUAGAAGAAGAGGGAAAAGGAAAUAUUUCAUUCACCCAGGGAGAAGAUGCCCUCACCAAGGCUAUGGGAAAAAAGGAUCACCGUGGGCGUGUCAAGGCAACAGGUGGAGUUAAUGUCGGUUACAAAGUUGCUUUCGGUCCAAUAGACCGAAGUAGUAGAUGUGGCCAUAUUGAACCAUCACCGGAGGCUAUCGAAUCAAUCAGAGCUUCGGUGAGAAGGGAGUUUGAAGAUCAAUUAGAGAGAAAGGUGGCGGAGGCCCUCCAAAACCAACUAGCCACAUUGAAAGCAACCGGUCAACUACACACCCUCUCUACCCCCGCACUUGAUUCUGCUCUUGUAAGUGAUGAGUUUGAUGUUAACCGUGCACUCGUAACCUGUUGUCCGAGUUCAUCGCAGCAACCACGCGAGCUGAAGGCCAUAACUCCAUGUCGUCUUGCCCUUGAGGAUAAAGUUUUGGGUAACAAAGUGAUAGUGGCAGAUGGUAUGGCGUACCCAUUGGAUGGUUCGUUGCACCAACACUUUAGAUCGAUGAAGCCUAGUCAUUAUAAGGUCCAAGUUGAUUGUAUUUACGACGGACAUGAUGAUGACACUCUUCCGGUACCUACUGGAGAUGGAUUCAAUAACUUAGGCAGGGCUCUUGCUAGUUUUGUGCAAUGGCCAAUUCACUUGGUGAUUUUCGAAGAAGACGAGGAGUACUCUACUCCACGCCCAACAAAGAAGUCCAGGAGUCAGAUUUUUGAAGAGGUGGUUGGUAGCUCCAAAGGGAAGAAAAACGAAUUAAUUGUCAAAGAGAAGACAACAGAAUUAGUUGUCAAAGAUAAGACAACAGAAUUAAUUGUCAAAGAGAAGGCAACACUUGAUUUAGGGUCCAAAGAGAAGACAACACUGAAGUUAACGGCCAAGGGAAAUUCAUGCUCAAAUAAGUUGGAGUCGAAAUCGAAGUCGAAGAACUCUAAGACGGCCAAAGAGAUGGUAGGUAGUUGUGAUCGUAAAACUGAAGAAUCAGCCGCCAAAAGUAAGAAGCAAAAUUUGGCAGACGACACAAUUCAAGGUCUUGGCCCAUCAUGCAAUUAUUUGAAGUUUAUCAUCAAUACGGCGCCCGGUGAUGUAUAUAAAAAUACUUCAAUCCCAUUGCCCGCUUCGGUUUGGCAUUAUGACGAAGAUCGACAAACUUAUGUAAAUGAGGUUGACGUUGAAGAGUUCCUUAGAGGGGCGUGCCUCAACAUUUCAGUGAUCCAAGUCUAUAUGAUGUGUUUAUUCCACGAACACACCUUUGCAUUUGACAACUCUCAGAUUGGGUUUGUUUGUCCCGAGGCAAUGUCAAGCUCUAGAAUCAAGGCCAACCCUCAGGCUGCAUCAAUGUAUUUGAAAGUAGUUUUCAAUGCUGAAAUUGAAAAGGAGAAGAAGGGUGAUCCUAACAUUACCAAGUGGUUUUUGAUCCCAUACCAUCAAGAAAAUCAUUGGAUUUUGUACGUGUUAGACCUACGUAGAGGUUGUGCGUAUAUUUUCGACUCUGCGAUAGGUUCCAACCGAGAAAAUAGUGCAUGGGGAAUCUUGUGUUUGGCAUACCAAGUGUACAAGUUUAAUGAUGGGAUUUGUCCGAAUAGAGCGACUAUGCAGGGGUUGAAAGGCUUCCAUGUAAAGUGUGCUCAACAAGUCGGCGCCCACGAGUGUGGCUAUUACGUUAUGAAGUUCAUGCAUGAAAUAGUCACGUUACACCAUAACACUGAUGAGCGGUUAGACAAUGCUUACACUCCAAGAAAUGCGCCUUAUACCGAUGAGGAAAUAGAUGUGGUUCGUGAGCAAUGGGCUAAGUUUUUUACAACCGAGUAUUUAUUUACUUAGGUUGUUUAGACACAAAGAUGGAAGCGUUUAUAUCUUCAUGGAUUUGGCUAGGGAUCGAGUCGAUUGGAAGAAAGUCAACACGACCUUACUUAAGGUUUGUAAUGCAUGAUCUAAAGGGACCUAAGUGGCUGGAUUAGAGACAUUUGUUAGAUUAGCUCUCUAGCCUUUUGUCUUUAGUUGUUAAUAUUAGUUGUAAUUUGUUAGACUAGCUAGGUGUUUAAAAAUUGUAAACAUACGUACUAUAUAUACGCUUUGCUCUGUUGGGUUAAUA